AUGGCCAUGUCGCACGUCCUCGCACGCACAGCGCUGCCAGCGCAACUUCGCCGCCGUCCCUCCGCAUGGGCCACUGACCACGUGGCGUCACACUCACCCCGCGUAACGUCUGAUUUCACACCUCUCCUCCGCGCCAGCCGGGCCGCUUCCAGCAAAUGGUCGGCCCAGACGACGGGGCUGCGCGCCAAGCCUCCCCAUGGAUCCCACUGGGGGACCAGACGACGGCUUGCGCCAUGCACUGCCGUGGAGGCAGCGGGUGAUGCGGUGGGUUUGGCGGGGGACAGGGUACGGGCGGAAGGGGAGAAGCGGAGAGCAGGCGAGCACUCGGGGAAAGAGGAAGCGGAGGGGGAGGAUGGAGAUGAGGAGAUGAGCGAAGGCGAGGGAGAGGAAGAGGAGGAUGAGGAGGAAUAUGAGGAAGACUGGGAGGACGAGGAUGAGUGGGAUGAAGACUGGGACGAUGAGCAGGCGGAGGAGGGGGGCGGAGAGGUGCCGGAGUGGGAGGGGGAGGGCGUGGAGGUGGGGGUGAUAGUGGGCGCGCACGGGCUGCGCGGCGAGCUGCGCGUGAAGCCGCUCACGGACUUCCCGGAGCAGCGCUUCGGACAGGGUGGCUGGCGCUGGUUGAAGCGCCCAGGCAGGCAGUCCGCUCCCUCCCCUGCUCCCGCUCCCGCAGCUGCGCCGCCGCCACCAGCAGCAGGAGAGGCGGCUGGGGAGGCAACUGCAGGGGAGGCGGCAGCAGCGGAGCAGCGCGGGGCGAGUAUGAGGCGCGUGUGGGUGAGGGGCGGGCGGCCAGGCCCGGGGCGGUAUGGGCUGUGGCUGGUGCGACUCAAGGACGUGGAGAGCACGGAGCAGGCGGAGGCGCUACGGGGCAGUGUGAUGAUGGUGCGGGAGGAGGAUCGCCCGGAGCUGGCAGAGGACGAGGUGUACUCCAGCGACCUCAUCGGCCUCUCCGUGCUGCUCAAGGAGGGUGGCGCGCCCAUAGGCGUGGUGGAGGACGUGUACAGCGGAGGGGGCGCGGGGGAGCUGCUGCGUGUGCGCCUGCACACAGGGGAGGAGCCGGCGGCGGGGGCAAAGGGGGCGGUGGCAAAAAGGGGAGCGCGAGUGGCGGGGCCCCAUGCGUGUGGGGUGCCGUUUGUGCGCGCCAUCGUGCCUGAGGUGAACCUCAAGCAGCGGCACCUUGUGGUGGACCCUCCUCCCGGGCUGCUUGACCUCAACCAGCGCCCCGCAAGCAAGGCAGAGCCGACGCCGGAGGAGGAGGGCGACGAGGGCGCGCGCAAGGGCAUGUCCGCCCGGGAGCGCAAGAAGCGGCAGCAGAGGAGGCGGCAGGUGGAGGAGCGGUACGGGCAGGCGGGGCAGCAGCACGUGCUGCACUGGGUGCACGCGGCCCUGCAGAUGGAGAAGGCCGCAGCAGAGGCAGGUGCUGGCGAGGAGGGGGCAGGGAGUGCGCGAGCGCAGGGGCACAUGCAGGGGCACGUGGACGUGGAUGCAGUGCUGCAGCAGCUUCUAGCAGUGGACCUCAGGCGCGUGGCCCAUGCCGUACACUCCGCCCUCACUCCGCGCGCACACACCGUGCCCCCCCUGCCCCAGCCCGUGCCCCUGCCCCACUGGCCGCUCCUCCUCGCACGUUCAGGUGGUGAGGCGGCGCUGCUGGGUGGCGCGGCGAGCAGUGAGGGGGCGGGUGGGGGUGAGGGUAUGGAGGGAGAGGGCAGGCGGGCGGUGGGCGAGGGUGCAGUGGCGGUGGUGGCGCUGCUGGGGGCUGCUGCUGCUGCCGACGCGGUGAGGGAGGGGAGCGGCAGUGGUGCAGGGGGGGGAGCAGCGGGCAUGGCACGGCGUGUGGAGGAGUACGUGCGGCGAGACAUGGCGCGGCUGAGGAGGCAGAUGGGCGCUGUGGACGCAUGGAGGGAGGGGGCGGAAUCAUCCCCCCUGCCAUGGCUGCUCGUGGUGGACGAGACGGCAUCACCCCUCACUCUGCACCAGUCGCUGCUCGAUGCCACUGCACCAUCACAGGCGGAGCCUGCAAGCAGUGCGGCGAGUGCGGCGCUGCAGGGGGCGUCGGGCGGGGGAGGGGGAGUGUUCCUGGCGCUCAAGGACGCGGCUGUGCUGCGCGGCCUCGCCAAGCAGGGCGUCAAGCACCUGCUGGUCAGCCAGGGGGGUGGGGGAGGGAGGGUGGGAGAGGAAAGGGGUGCGAGGGUGGUACUGUUGAGAGGUAAGGUGCAGAUGCGUGGUGGUGAGGGCGGACGGGGCACAGGGGUGCUACUGCAUCCGACAGCACAGCCUGAUCCUUCCCUCAUUGCUGCAUGCAUCCAGUCCAAUGCUGACGUGGCAGUUGCUGCGUCAGCGAGCUCCGAUGCCAGCUCAGCAGGAGUGCAGAUGGAGAGUGGGAGCGGAGGGCAGCAGCAGGUACUGCGGGUGGCAGCUGUUCCAUGCGAGCAGCAGGAGGAGGGGCAUGCACAUGGUGAGGAUGGUAAUGGGAGUGGGGCUGAAGACAGUGGCAAGAAGAAAGGCAAAGGCAAGGGCAAGGGCAAGGGUGAUGAGAGGCAGUCCAGUGGAGUGAGGCUUCAAGUGCUGGAGGGCUGUGAGGGGGCGGAGGAGGCUGCCGCAAUGCCUUCACACGUGCACUCCCUUGUGCUUCACUCAGACCAGCUGGUUGUUUCCAUGAAGUUUCUGAAGUCGUUGGAUCCGAUGCAGCUGCCCUUCCAGCUGUUUGAACCAUCACCCUUGGAGCAGCGCCUGCCAACGCCACAUGCCGCAGCAGAGGUGGCGGCAGGGGGGGAGGCAUGGAACGGGGCAGCAGAUGGGGGUGUGGCGAUGAGGCAGCGGGCAAUGGACGUGGUGUGUAUGACGGAUGCAAGCAAGGUGAGAGCAGGGGCAUGGCUCCUCUCGCACGCUGCUCCCCUCCGCAUGCUCAUCCCCCUCGUGCUUGCCUGCUCGCCCCUUCACCGCUAUUGCUCUGCCUCCCCUCGCUUGCCUGGCGACCUCUCACCCACCUCGCUCCUCCUCUCCUCUCAGCGCAUCUCCCAUGCUGCUCGCAGUCGCCGCUCCAGCAGUCAUGGCGGGUCCUCCGCGCAUCCCCUCCGCACUGCGCAUCCCGCUUUUCUCCUCGCUCUCCUGCGCCUGAAUCUGCCUCUGCACCGCCCUGCGUGGCCCAUCACCCCUAAAUCCCGCUCCGUUACGCACCGCCCGUGCGAGAUCCGCGCAUCUGCGCUUCCGCCUGACGGCCUGCAUCGCGCGCAUCCGCCAUCGCCGCGCUCACUCGCCCCGACCGCACAUCCGGCACGGCGGCGUCCGCAGCGGCGACGGCGGGUGGCAGCGGCGCAGGCGGGAAUGCAGAGGCGAUGGAGGAGGAGGAGGGAUCGCAGGGCGACGGUAUGGGUGGCAUGGGCGGCGGCAACGGCGGGGGGCAGCAGCGGCGGCGACGGCAAGGCGUCGCUGGGGGAGCUGCGGAGCCGCGGCGAGUGGAGCCGCGAGGCGACGGCGGUGCUGCUGGAGGCGUGGAGUGACAACUACCUAGCCUCAGACCAGGGCAACCUCAAGGCGGCGCAGUGGGAGGAGGUCACGUCGCGCGUCAACGCGCGCGGUGGCGGGAGCAAGGCGGCGAAGACGGUGGUGCAGUGCCGCAUGAAGCUGGAUUCGCUCAAGAAAAAGUACAAGGCGGAGCGCCUGCGAUGGCGCGGGCUCAGCCGGUGGGAGCACUACAAGAAGCUGGAUCAGCUCAUCGGCGGCCACAAGCGCGUCGCGGGGGCGGGCGGCAGCAGCGCCGCCGCCAUGGGCGAGGAUCUGGAGUCGUCGGGCGUGGGCGGGGGCGGCGGGAUGAGCUCCGGCGGGGCCACUCUCCCCGCCACGCCCGUCUACCCCGCCGUGGCCUCCGCGCCCAGCCGCCGCGAUGUCCGCAGGGGGGCUGGGGCGGGUCCGCCAUGGGGCACGGUGAUGGGCAUGCCGCCGGCGGACGGCACCUACUUUCUGCACAACAUUGCGGCGGGCGGCAUGGCCGGCAGAUUCGUGGGGGGCGGCAACGGCAACGGCGUGCUUGUGCCGAGCGGCAUGCCUCCUCUGCCCGCCGUGGGCAUGGGGAUGGGGGGCGCGGGCAGAGGGGGCGUCAUGGGGGCCUCUUCCGGCGCUGGCGGCCCCCCCCGCCCAUGGGGGUUUUACCCGGGGCCGCGCACAGGCGUGGAAGGCGGGGGUGACGUGGCGGUGGGUGAGAGCCCGGGAUCAACGGCGUGCAACCGAGGGGAGGGCAGGGCGGAGGGCGAGGAGGACGAGGACGACGAGGAGGACGAGGAAGAGGACGAGGAGGAAGAGGGUGGUGGGGAGGAUGCAGCAGGGGCGGUGGGGCAGUAUGGGCGAGCGGAGGGCGAGGGAGGAGGAGGGCAGGGCGGCGGGGGGGGCUUAGGGGGGCCUGCAUUGCCCAGUGGGGUGGGCGCGGCAGCAGGGGCAGGGGGGGAGCGGCAGAAGCGCAUGCGGCGGUGGAGAGGGGGCUAUGAGGGCAGCCGGCGCAUGCCCAACGGGGCCGCGGAUGCAGGCGGGCAGGAGGGUGGCAUGGGGGGCAUGGCUGGUAGUAUGGGGGGCAUGGGGCAUCCAAUGGGGGGAGUGGGAGCAAUGGGUGUGGGCGAGGCGGCAGCGGCGGCGGUGGUGGGGGCGGGUGAGGACUCGGUGCGAAGCCUGGCGGAGGCGAUCAGCAGUUUCGGCGAGCUAUACGCGCGUGUGGAGGUAGAGAAGCAGCGGUACCUGAUGGCCCUGGAGCAGCGGCGCAUGGAGUUUCAGCGCGAGCAGGAGGCGCGCAAGAUGGAGAUGCUGAGGGACAUGGAGCCCUCGCCCACCGCACACCCUGCGCCCGCCCACCCGCACUCCAACCCACCGGCGGCCCAACGGGGCUCGUCACACGCGGCAUCACCAUCGCCCGUGGCCCCCAUGGCCCACAUGGCCCCCAUGGCCCAUGGGGGGCUGGACUCGCGCCCCACUGCUGCAAGCAGUGGCGGGGCGGAGGGCGGGGCAGAUGGCACGGAGCAUGGCGGGCGCGAGGAGGAGGGGCAUAGUGAUGAGGAGGGGCCGUGCGGAGGGGAGGGCGCGGAGGAGGAGGGGCAGGAUGCGUUGGAGAGACAGACGUCAGAGGAGGGCGAUGGGGGCAGCGAGCAGGAGGAGGAGGAGGAGGACGAUGCAGAGGCACACUCAGACUCGCCCAGCUAG